AUGCAUUCGGUCAUCUUCCUUACUUCCCUUCUUGGGCUCUCUGGGUCAGCAAUAUCGGCCAAUACCUUCAACCGACCUCCAUCUGGUGGCAUUAAGGGCGAUUUCCGCGACAAUCCUACCUACAAGGAGGGUGAACGAGUCGAGUUCCUCUGGGAUACGGACCUCGCAUAUGUUGAUGUCGUGAUCUGGCAGAGAUUCCCUCUACCGUCCUCGGCUAACGACGGAGUAACGUAUUUCAAUGAGCCUAUGCUUCCUUUUCCACCCGAGGGAAAGAGCGAAACUGACAAUGAGGCAGAGAACUCAACGAGGAUGAGCUAUGAAUGGACGGCCGUUCUUGGAGGUGCCACCCCUCCUACUGGCGAGAACUCCGUGUUCUGGCUCGCAAUGUACGAUGCUUUAUCAAAUUCUACGAAAGUGACGGCCGAAUCUCACUACUUCAAGGUCUCACGAGCGACGGGAGCGACCGCAACAACGACAACAUCAUCAUUGUUGACGGUGGCCUCAUCAACCAGUGCUGCUGCCAGCGCUGAUGCUUCGAGUGAUUCCGCUACGAAUGACGAUGCAUCGCGAGGCCAAAAGUCCGGAUUGUCUACGGGUGCGAUUGCGGGAAUAGCUGUUGGGUCGACCAUAGCUGGCAUCGCGAUUAUCGCCGCGUGUGCUUUUUUCUUCUGGAGACAUUUACAGGCCAAGAAGCUCGCAGCUGCUCCGGAUACCCCGAUGACAAAGUCGGAACGUCUUCCUGAGCUUGGAGAGUUUGGCGCUGGCAAUUCGGAUGCACAUUCGCAAGCACCACCGCAUUAUCUUCAACAUCAGAACACUCCGCAGUUGAACGAAUUACCUACGCCCACAAGAUAUGAGGCUCCGUAA